ACGGAUCUUACUCACCACCUCCUCCGGCCCCGGUAAACAGCUCGCCCAUCCACUGCCAUCCUCGCCAUCUGACCGCUUUGCUGCCACUGUUCCCAGAUCGCAAGCCUCGGUCUGCUGCCAUCUGCUUGCUCGCGGGAUUUUAUCAUCCGCUAUCCCGGUGCCCUUUCCACCUACCAUCCCUGCCCCAAGCUGGACAUCACAACCCGGUACCCCAGAGUGCCUGAAGAGCGGGCACGAUGAGUCCUUGAAAGACGACUCUCUCACGCAAGAGGCUGGAUCUGUAUAUAUAGAAGGUCAAGGAGCCUGACAGCAUCCUCCGUACACCGUUGACCGGGUGACAGCGGGUGUCACACGAGGAUGCCCAGCAUGGCAUUGAAUGCUGCUUUCCCUACCUCUCCCUUGUCUCGCUCGGCGCUGAUGGGGGACACAUUCUUGUCCGCAGGCUCCGGUGACGAGAGCAUGGGUGAUCUCAGGUCUCGACCCCUGGCUCGGCGGCGCCCUCCCUCUGCUUCGAAUUCCACCUCACCCUACCGCAGCCCUUUGGCGUCUUCCUCGCGCUCAUCCUCUCCAUCCUCUUCCAAUUGGCUGCCCAAACGCAUGCCCUCCUCGGCCUCUUCGCCUGUGCUUCUGCAACACGGCCACAUGCUAUCAUCCACUGUCCCUGCUACACCCCGUCCCGGCAGGAGGCGCUCUUCAAAUCACUACUCUACAUCUCCCACACCCAAUCGUCCUCUCAUUGGAUCCUACUCGGAGUCUCUGCUCAGUGGUCGGAUGAGUACAAAUCCCAGUAUCCCUUUUCCGUUCCAGGCAGAGCUUGGAGUACUCGGAGCAGCCGAGGGGGAGACCCCCCGCCAUCUCAAGGUAGACUUUGACGCCAGAUUCUACGCCAUGCCGGAGGACAGCGGCUCUAGUCGUCUGGCCUCUCAUUGGAGUCAGCCUUCGUACUCGUCAUCUCCAUCUCCUCGUAGCUUCAGCGCCAGCUACCUUGCGGCCUGUACCCCUUCGACGCCGGGCCCAUCUUCCUUUGCCUCCCCAUCGACACAGAAUGUCAGCUCGGCUCCGUACGUGGGCACAAUCGAUCUCGACGCCCACUAUCACAGCAUCCUCUCUUCCUCACUGGCCGCCUCGCGUCACACUAUGCCUCUAGUCCCUCCCGUCUUUCCAGGAUACGAAGUACCACCACGCGGGCAAGUGCAGCUGCUAGUCAAGAACACCAACUUGCAAUCAGCCGUCAAGCUCUUCCUGGUGCCGUAUGAUCUGAAGGAUAUGCCUACAAGUACCAAGACGUUCAUCCGGAAGAAGAUCUGUGUAGAGACUUUACCAUUGCGAGAUGCAGGACAGCCUGGACCAGCGAGGCGCAAAAGGCAUUCCUUCGAUGCUGCCGGCGUGCUAGGCGAGCGUCUGAAGCCGAUGGAGUCGCUCAAGUAUGCUGUGCAUCUGCAAUUCGUGUGUGUCCCUGGCAACACCUUCCGCCCAAAGAAAGCGAAGAAGACGGCAACUGCUCCUAAUUGGAUGCAGCCAGAUGCUGGUGUCGCUCAGCACUCUCACAGCGACUUCAUUUGUUCGGAGAGGUCGGGCGUUGAGAACAGUGCUUCUCCAAAUCCAGAACCUGCUCCGCGCUACUUUCUCUACCGGUCCAUCAGAGUGGUCUUUUCGCCGCGACCACCAGAGAAGGAGGACAUAGUCAAGACAUACAUCGAGACACCAGCUGGGCUGAUGCCUGAGGAUGUUUACGUGGCUUCUCAACAUCGAGCUCCAGAAGGUGACCACACUGUCCCUCAGAAAGUGCAGGAGCAGAGCUAUUCGACAUUCUCUGGGAACAGCGAGGAAUGGGAAGUCCUCCGCAAGAAGGUCGUCAGAUCUAGGAAAGAGUGGAAGAUGAGCGGUUCAAGGGGCAGAAAGAACAGAGCCGAAUCCCAAGAUCCCGAUGUCUCGAGCAUCUCCCUUGCUUCUACCGCUGAGGCGGAGUCGGCAGACACAUCGGCGAUCUCCAUACCGGGCGAACCUUUCGUCAUGGACGAUGAGGAGAUGCGCGCGGGUCCAGAUGGAGAUUGGUCGAUGGGAGAGCAUGAGCACCAUCCAACUUCACCUCCAGCAGACGUCUAUGCGCCUAAUCCUGAUCCCAACGGAGAGUUGUGGCAAGCGCCCGCCGAGUCGGAAGAGGAGAAUCAGAUUCAAGAUGGUGCGCAGCAGAGAUGGGACAGUCUGACGAGCGCCCACCACGGACAUGUCGUCAACGCCACCCCGCCUCCAGAAGACCUCCAUGUCCGCAGUACAGAGUACGUUGGUCAGCCAUCCAGGACUCUUCGACGUCAACGCUCUCGGACGAUCACUCCCAACCCAGACCAGAACGCGCGCGACGCAGCAGCUGCACGCCGAAGUAUGCUCCCGCCAUCAGCCCGCUCCUUGCCUGUCUCGCCGGGGAUGAGCAGUCGACGUCCCGCCUCGCCCGCAACAGCUGCACCGUCAGCCACGAGCACAGUCAACGGCCGUCCAGCCUCUCCUUCACCCUUUGCGCCCGCCUUCAGCCUGCAACGGAUCUCUAUUCGCCCGUCCUCCCCCGCACUCGCGGCUACAACGCCCACGAAUGUGAGCGGCGUCACAAGCCCGGGCCCAAACUCGUCGCUCACCAUAUCUGCCACGCCUCAUUCCCCUGGGGAAAGAGGCAGCUCGCUGGGGCUGGGAAGUACGCCAACGAGUGGAGGUGGUGGUGGUGGAAGCAACAGUCACUCUGCGAGUGUGGGAAGAGGAGGCUUGCCGUAUCCCUACCUGCGGGCGGGCUGGGGUAGCUCGACGGAUCGACUGGACUUGCAAUCGCAGACGCAGACGCAGGUGCAGCUUCAGGUAGGUGGGAGCGAAGCAGAUACAGUGCGAGCCUCUUCCCCUGCCCCUCGUGGAAGCGGAUCUCGCAUGGCCCUUUCGAGAAACCCGGGAAGCUCAGGCACGCUCACUUCCUCCUCUGCGUCAGCUGCGGCUUCAGCUCGCACUCUACGUCGGCGCAAGAGCAGGACGGGGCGCAGCUCCUCUUCUUCCUCAGAUUCGGGGUCGGAAGACGAGACGAAGCAAGGUCGCUCCUCUCAGCGGAAAGCAGAGAGCGAGGUGGAAGCGAGUCGAGCAACAGGCGCGGAGGAAAUUGACGAUGACCAGGCUUUGUUGGAGAUGUGGCACUCCUCUCUCUCCCUUACGAGACGUGGCGGGAAUGGAAGUGCGGGUGGAGGUGGGAGUGCGGCUGGACAGGAAGUAAGUGGCGUCUAGAUACCUAGCUAGCCAGCAAGACAGGCAGGCUAGCGCUCCUGUCGUCCUCACCAUCGUGCGCUUUUGCCAGGAGUAAGGAACUGCAGCGCUUCUGCCUCCUGUCUUCUCCCUCUCCUCGUUCCUCAUUCUGCUCCUCAUCUUCGGCCACUACGGCCUUUUCUUAUAUGCUAUACGUCACAUUUGUACCAUACUCUCGCCCCUCGCUGAGCCCCAUGAUUCGUUGUCAAUCUCAUCUUAUCUUAUACGCCA